AUGGCAACAAAAGGGCAUCUUUCUGCUCCAGUGCUGUGCUUGAGUCUCCUCUCCAUUCAGGUUGCCCUGGGCGCUGAUGAAUUGAGGCUGUCAAACGGAACUGGCCCCUGCUCUGGGAGAGUGGAAGUAAAGCAUGAGGAGCAGUGGGGAACUGUGUGUGAUGGUGACUGGACCAUGAAGGAUGCUGAGGUUGUCUGUAGGCAACUCCAAUGUGGAUAUGCUGUUAAGGCCCUUAAUCGAGCUCCUUUUGGAGAAGGAACGGGACCCACGUGGUUGUACCGAGUUGAUUGCCAAGGUGAUGAACCUGCUGUCUGGAACUGCACACACAGAGGAUGGGGUGCUUUUACCUGCCCUCACUACUUUGAUAUUGGCGUGAUCUGCUCAGGCUUCUCUGACCUGCGUCUGACUGGAGGGGACACUUCCUGCUCAGGGCAGCUGGAAGUAAAGCAAGAAGAAACUUGGGCAACCGUCUGUUUCUCACAUAUUGAUUUCAAAACUGCCUCUGUCGUAUGUAAUGAGUUAGAGUGUGGCCAGGCUGUGGAUGCCUUGAGAGGAACUCACUUUCGAGACAGACAUGAACUGCUCUGGCAAGAGGAGUUCCACUGUGUAGGGAACGAGACUCACCUUGCGGACUGUCCCAGGAGCAUACACCGGACUGACACAUGCUCUCAUGAUGCCACUGUUGUGUGUUCAGGCUACGGUGGGUACAGGCUGGCAAAUGGCAGUACAAGAUGUUCAGGGAGAGUAGAGCUUCUUCAUGGAGGCACAUGGGGAACGCUGUGUGACUACCUGUGGGAUUUACCAGCUGCCAAUAUCCUCUGCCAGCAGCUAGACUGUGGAGUGGCACUACUGAUACCAAGUGGACAGUCCUUUGGGGAAGGAAAUGGAUCCGUCUGGAAUGGCACAUUCAGCUGCCAGAAGUAUGGCUCACUCCUGAGAGAGUGUCCCGUGCGUGCUCUAGGUCACAAUGAAUGCCCUGCUGGAAAGGAGGCUCAUGUGGUAUGUUCAGGGUGUCCAGGGGGCAGGUUGGUGAAUGGCACCACGUGCUCUGGCAUAGUGGAGAUCCGCCAUGGAGACACGUGGGGAAGACUCUGCCACUCCCACUGGAAUUUGCAAGCUGCCAGUGUUCUCUGCCAUCAGCUGAACUGUGGCUAUGCAAAAUCAAUCCAGAUGGAAGGCGGUUUUGUGGAUGGAAAUGGGCCUAUAUGGAGAGAUGCUUUUCACUGUGAAGGGACAGAGUCCUGCCUGAGAGAUUGUGCUCAAGUGACUUUGGGCAAUCCAACCUGUUCAGCCAAGGAAGCAGCCACUGUAACUUGCUCAGGUCUUGCUGAAUCCCUCAGACUCUCAGGGGGUGAGAGCCGCUGUGAUGGGCGAGUUGAGGUCUCCCUCCGUGGUGUGUGGAGCAGAGUCCUGGAUGACGACUGGGACAUUAAGGAUGCCCAUGUGGUGUGCAGAGAGCUCCAGUGUGGAACUGCUGAGAAAGCCUAUUACCUGCCAAAGUCUGAGCGGGGCACGGGUCUUGUUGGCCUAAGGAGCGUCCAGUGUACUGGGAACGAGACCCAGCUGAUGCUCUGCAACACCUCCCAUUACCAGACAGUGCCAGCGGGAGUGUCGGAAGACGUUGGUGUGAUCUGUUCAGGCAGCAGACAGAUGAGGCUGGUGAAUGGAACAAACCGCUGCACUGGGAGAGUAGAGAUUUAUCAUCAUGGCAUCUGGGGCACCAUCUGUGAUGAUAACUGGGAUCUAUCAGAUGCCAAUGUUGUUUGCAAACAGCUUGGAUGUGGGCAUGCCAUCGAGGCAUUUGUCUCUGCUCACUAUGGAGAAGGGUCAGGGCAGAUCUGGAUGGAUGACGUGAAUUGCACUGGGGCUGAAUCUGAUCUCUGGGCGUGUCCCUCUAGGCCGUGGGGCCAGCACAACUGCCAACACAAAGAGGAUGCUGGAGUCCUGUGUUCAGAUUUCCUGGCUCUGAGGCUGGUGAAUGGCAACGACUGUGCCGGACGCGUGGAAGUUUUCUACAACGGGACAUGGGGGAGUGUUUGUUCCAACAGCAUGUCCCAGCUCACAGCAGCAACCAUGUGCAAGCACCUGGGCUGCGGAGACGGAGGAAGAAUAGAGACGGACUUCAGAUAUGGCAGAGGGUCUGGGCCCACGUGGCUGGACCACAUUGAGUGCACUGCGCAGCACAGCUCGCUCUGGCAGUGUCAGUCAGAGCCCUGGGAUCCGCAGUCGUGCAGUAACCGAGCCGAAGAGACCCACAUUACCUGCACUGGAAGAAAGGAGGCAACAUCUCCAGCUGCAUUUGCUGAAUGUCCAAACUCUACAAGUUGUUCAGACAGGGAGAAGUUACGAGUCAUGGGAGGAGAGGGUGAAUGUUCAGGCAGAGUGGAGAUGUGGCACCAAGGUUCCUGGGGAACAAUCUGUGAUGACGCCUGGGACGCAGCAGAUGCCAACGUUGUGUGCAGGCAGCUGGGCUGUGGAUCUGCUGUGUCUGCUCUGAGUGAAGCUGCCUUUGGGGAAGGGACUGGUCCCAUCUGGUUGGAGAAGGUGCACUGUAAAGGAACAGAGCUGUCUCUUUGGGACUGUCCUGCCAAGCCUUUGUUUGGCAAAAACUGUGAUCAUAAGGAAGAUGCUGCUGUGAAUUGCUCUGGUGUAACAGAAACAACAGCAUCACCCACAAGAGCAGGUCGUCCCCGCCGCCCCGCACCAGGCAGUACGAGACCUUCAGUGCCUGUCAUCCUCUGCAUUAUCCUGGGCAUCCUCCUCUGCCUGGUCCUUGCCAUUCUUGCUGGCCAGAUCCGACGUGCCAGGGCACAGCAGAGAGGCUUCAAGCUAUCCUACGACCCCUUCUCGGAGGCUGUCUACGAAGAGAUUGAUUACAACCUGAUGAAGGAAAAGCAGGGCGUGACUUUCCUCUCGGAGAGCUCAAAACCAAAGGAACAGUUUUAUAGAGCGGACAGUGAGGAAGAAAAUGGUCCUAGAGCAACUCAAGAGACCUCUCCAGUGCCUGAAAAUGCCCUGGAAGAUGGUUAUGACGAUGCAACAGAAGCUCCUGGACCGAGAGAUGCUUCUCUUUCUGGGCAGAAUGAACAGGAAAUCAUUGGGAUUCCUGGAGAAAGUGGCAGAAACAAGGAUUCAUGGACAGGUGAGGCUAGAAGAGCAGUGCUGUUCUGUUCUGACAGCCAGCUAAUCUACACCUACUGGACUCCCAGAAACAGGACCUCUGAGGCUAAGAGACCCUCAUCCCCUGCUCUUGAAGAUACAGGCUAUGAUGACAUUGAAGAGCUGGGACUCUGA